CCGGGGCGGGGCGGGGUGAUGCCCGGGUAUCCCAGCUCGCCGAUGGGAGGGAACCCCACGCCUCCGAUGACGCCGGGGACGUCCAUACCCCCCUACCUGUCCCCGGGCCAGGACACCAAACCCCCCUACCUCCCCCCGGACACCAAACCCAACAUCAGCUCCCAGCAGGUGUCCACAGGUAACCCGAGCGACGACCUGCGGCUGACGUUCCCCGUACGAGACGGCGUGGUGUUGGAGCCGUUCAGACUUGAGCACAACUUGGCCGUCAGUAACCACGCCUUCCAGCUGAGAGACUCCGUCUACAAAACACUCAUGCUGAG